AUGCGGCCUCCAUUACUCCUCACUCUUACAUACCUCGCCGCAAGUGUUAUUGCCGGAGGGUAUCAAGGAUGCCUUGAGCGAGUGUUGCUCUUCUAUGCCUACCAAAUCGACGAACUCAACAAUCCCAAGGACCGCACUUUGGGCUUCGCCUGCAAGAAAUGGGAUGACUCAGCUAAAAAAUGCACGAACAAUGACUGGAAAGAGUGCAAGGGCAAAGGCGGCGGUAGAUGUAAUUUCAACGAACUCAUGGCGAGCCUGGGCAGAGCGCGUCCCAACGACAAGCUGGUCGGUCCUCCUGGAUCAAAUCAGGCCACGACAAGCCCUGAUAUUGAUGAGACGGCAAAGGUCCUCAACCAGCACUAUAUCACAAACGUUGGGAAAGUCCCCAACUACCCAGCAUAUAAGGUUCUGAAGGACUCAGACGGGAACUAUAACAGGUUGCUCGAGCACCUCGGCAAUGUGGUCAACAAUGCAGCAGGGCACAAAACCGCUGCUAACACGUUCCUAUGGGAGAAAUUCGACUCUAGCCUGGAGAAAGUCAUAGUUGCACGGGUGGGUGAUCAUGGGAAACACCUCAUCACAGCCGCGAAAGCAGCGCUGGGGCCGAAAAUGGACGUUGUGCUGGAGAAUUUGGGUAGCAACCCCGCGAAGCCUUCGGAAAUAUGGGAAACUGUUGACUGGGCGGCGACUGAAGAAAAGGCCGAGAAGGAUGGCGUCGCAGACUAUAAAAAGCACAUCGAUGACUUUAAGAACGGCUUUUAUGAUCCGAAAAAGAAAGUGGUAAACUCGCUGAGGAGCACAAAGUGGUUAUGGACUCGUUCAAAAGGAUUUCAGACACCAGACGGUCGUGCCGCUAGACGUGAUGAUGAUGGUUUUGCCUGUUUGAUAGUACUAUAG